AUGGCAACGAAUCCUCUCCUAGGGUUUGUUACUGAUGACGGCAAGUCAACCGAGGAAGAAGAUCUAAGAGAAAGAAGUGUCAAGAAAGCAAAGGAGAAAGCUGUGGUGUCAUUCCGGGAUAUUAUGAUUGGUCAGAAGGAGGUUGAAAUGGAGGAGGAAGUAUCUGAUACAAACUCUGAUGAUGAAGAGCAAAUGGAGGAAACAGGCGGAAUACUCGUGCAGGAAAAAAAGGUGGGUGGAUAUGAUUGUCCAUCCUUCAUUUUUACUGAAGCUGAAGAAAAAAGGAUACAGAGGCCAUGGAGGAGGGGAGUUAUUGUCAAAUUGCUGGGAAGAAAAAUAGGAUACAAGGCGCUUGAAAACCGUUUGAAUCAGAUGUGGGUGCGCAAAGGUGUUAUUAGUAUCAUUGAUCUUAGCAAUGAUUACUACCUUGUAGCUUUCUCACAUGAGGAUGAUAAGAAGGUAGCAAUAUCGAAGGGCCCGUGGUUUAUAUAUGAUCACUAUCUCACUGUUAAAGACUGGAGACCAAACUUUCAACCAGAUUGUGAUUCUAUAGUUGAAGUGGCUGUGUGGGUACGAAUCUCUGGGCUUCCCAUUGAAUACUAUGAUCCGAAGUCUUUAACGGCUUUUGGAAAUCGAAUUGGAAGCACGAUAAAGGUGGACAAAACUACUAUCAAACAAGAAAGAGGAAAAUAUGCUAGAAUAUGCGUCACAGUUGAUCUGACCAAACCUCUGUUGGCCAUGUUUGAAAUUAAUGGGAGCUGUUAUAAAGUUGAAUAUGAAGGGCUCCAUCUUCUUUGCCUUGCUUGUGGAAGAUAUGGGCAUUACAAAGAAGGUUGUGUGUAUAGAGGAAAGGAGAGUAGCUCUGCUGUCGAGAAGAACAACAACAUAAGUGGAGGCCAGGUUUUACCAUUGAAUGGAGAAACGAGUAACGCCAUAACUGGAGAUGGAGGACCAUGGAAGAUUGUCCAGAAGCCUAGGAGAAAUAAGAGAGCGGCAGAUGGUCGGAAAAACGGUACUCCGGUGAACAUUAAUGAUGGCAAGAAUGGAGUGGGGUCUCGUUUUCUCGUUUUAGAAAAUGAAGAUGGUGAAAUUAAUGGAGAUAAUGGGAAUAUUGAUACUGAGGCAGAUAAGGAAAUAGGAAAUUCUGGUGGUGCACAAAAUCUGCAUGGGAAUGAUACAUUUAAUACAAAUAGUAGGAGAGAGAAAGUAAAUAAUGGGAAGGCGAAGUUUACGUAUGAAAUCUCAAGGAACAGUCUCAAUAACGGUUUGUCAGAGCCGGUCAAUGAUUUGAACAUUAUUGAGAAUCAUAAUAGUGAAAAUAUAAAUAAUAGAAGAGUGGGGACCACUAUUGGUGGAGCUGGGAGACAUCAUCAUGCGACUCAUCAGGAAAAUAAAAAUAUUCGAUUAGCAGCACGUGGGGGAAUUGUUGUAAAGGAGAAAACUAGUAGCAUAAGUAAAAAAGGGAUGGAGGAUAUUUUUGGCAAUUCAACUAGUGAGAAUCUCUUUAGCCUUAUUUCAAGACAAUUAACAGGGAGCACUAAUAAACUUCCUGCUAAUGAGGAAACAAGGAAAAAUUUUGAAGACAAGACUGUUGCAGCCCCCCUGAAGAACACCAUAGUUACGAGCUUUGAUAUUGAAAAACCUCCGGAUCCGCCUAGUGUAGAUAUCAAGGGAGGUACAGACAUAGAUGUUACAAUGGAAACUAUGGGCGAUAGUGCAGUUGACAGUGUGAGUGGCGAAGAGAAAAUUGCUGAGACAUCUGUGGAGUUUGUUUGCGAAACUCCUAUGAAUGCUUGA